UGCCUUUAGAGAGUCUGCGCGGCAUGGAAGGUUGCUAUGGCCACAGGCUAAGCUCCAGUUGGUGACAGACAUGUCGGGGGAGAUGUAGGACAGCCCGUGACGUAGGCAGCGGGGACGAGCUGGCGUAGUGGCCUGUAGCGCUUUCCAUUAAACAUGGAGGAGACGGAGAACGAGAUCGAUGAAGAAGAAGUUCCGAGUCCGACAGGAGAAGCAGGAGGAGCUGAUGGCGGAGAUGAAAGCACGAGGGAGGAGACAGGAGAGGGGGCGGGGCCACGGCUCAGGCCGUCUGUCCUGGAUAUCCAGCUGGCUUUGGAACGCCUAUGUGAGGAUCAGUCCAGAGAGCAACCAUCAGAGUCUGAUGGGCCAGAUUCUUUGUUGGAACCUUAUCCAGAGCAUCAUGAUGAAAGCACGUUCUCUGAAAAUGAAUUUGGCUUCCUCAGCAUUUCUAGGAUCCAUUCCCCUGGGAAAAUUGUGAAUGAGCUUUUUAAAGAAGCAAAAGAACACGGAGCUUUGACUGCAGAAGAAGUCAGCAAAUCAUUAGAACAAAAUGUCUUGCAAGCUAAGUCAUUUACCGGAGGUGGUUAUAAGCUGGGUGAUUCAGCCAUAAAGCAGUCUGAAUAUAUACGCGAUGAUGAGCUUUUUCCUGGAGGACCAGAUGUUCAAAUAUUGCUUAAACUCUGGAGUAAUGGGUUCAGUUUAGAUGACGGAGAGCUGAGAUCUUAUACAGAUCCAGUGAACGCCCAAGUUCUGGAAUCCAUUAAGAAAGGGGAAAUCCCAGCAGAACUCCAGCACCUGGUUCAUAGUGGCCAAGUCAGCUUAGAUAUGGAAGACCAUCAAGACCAAGAAUAUGUUAAGCCAAGAUUAAAAUUCAAAGCCUUCAGUGGUGAGGGGAAAAAACUUGGAAGCUUAACACCUGAAAUAAUAAGUACACCUUCAUCCCCAGAAGAAGAACACAAGCCAUUUUUAAAUUCUGAAAUGGAACUUGAUGAACAUGUGCCAACAACAAAAAUUCAAAUCAGGCUGGCUGAUGGGACUCGUCUAAUCCAAAGAUUCAAUCUCAGCCAUCGGAUCACGGAUGUGCGCCAGUUUAUUACGCAGUCUCGAUCAGAAUUUGCACACACUGACUUUACUUUGGUCACCACUUUUCCAAACACAGAACUGACAGAUGAGAACCAAACGCUGGAAGAAGCUGAUUUACUGAACACUGUGCUUCUUCAGAGAAUAAAGUAACGAUGAUUAUUCAUGAGCUAUAGCUGAAGAAAUAUAAAAAGUGUCCUUCACAGCCUCCAAGCAGUAAAAGCCAGUAAGAACUCAGACUCACGUUACUGUUCCAUUUAUGCAUUUGAUUUUUGUAUUUUGUUGAUCUGUAAAAAUUUGAUUACUGCAAUUUAUCACUUGUUUUGAUAGCAAGUUGCAUUUCAGAAGGUCCUGAUAAACUUGAUGAGGUGUACAGUGUGUGUUACUCAUGUUUUAGGUCACUGCAUUUUAAUACAGAUCAUGACAGGUUCCAGGAGAGAGGUAGACAGUUUACUCUGGACACUGCAGAUGGUGUUUCUUUCUUUUUCAUUAAUGUCAAUAGAAGCACAUUUUUCCUGGUAGCUUAACUACUGUAGUCCUGGAGCAAUGUUUUCAAUUUAUUGUUUACAUAUUUCAAAAAUCAUUAUAGGCCCAAAGAAUACCUAAAACCCCCAAAUGUUAUAUAUUUUUUUUAAAUCCGACACCCCAGAGAAGAAAAUAGUGAUAGUUAAAAAAAAUUGUGUCAAGUGAUAUUAGCGCAAUAGUUUAUAAAACGUAAAAUUUCAGUAAAAAAUACAAUACUGUUCAUUUUUUGGUAUAUAAACACAAUACAUUAUGCAAUUUUUCAUAAAAUAUAAAAGAUAAGGUUGCACCGAGUAAAUAGAUACCCAACAUGUCAAGCCUUAAAAUUGUGUCCGUCUGUGAAAUGUGAAAAACCUUCAGUACCCUAAAUUUUGCAAACACGAUACUUUAAAAGCCCCUACGGGUCAUCAGUUUAGUGUAACAUAUGUGCUCUGGUGCUAAAAUGAUUGCUGUCACUCUGGCUUAUGUGUCGAUAUGUAACGUGUAGGGCAAUCGCUAUUUUCAUACAUAGGUGUCCCAAUGCAUGCGUUUUCGUAUGUCUGUGGGGCUCUAAAAAAAAAAUGUUUUUAUGUCUCUUCAAAUGUUUUAAACCUUUUUUUUUACACAUAACUUUUAUUGCUAUCACAUAGGGGCCAACAGCCCCCUAUGUGAUAACAUAUAGUUGACAGGUUCUUUUUAUAAGACAUCUGGGUUCUAUUAAAUCCUGGAUGUCUCCCCUGUACUCCACUGCAGCUGAUGGAACACAGGUUAUGUUCCAUCAGCUGCUUCACUGGGCGCUGACCCCAGUGAUUGACAGCUCAGGACCAGGAAGUGACAUCAUACACGCCGCUUUCUGGUCCAUUCAUUGGGGGCAGGUCUGCAAACGAGUGUUCGUAGAGCUGCCGCCACCCUUCCCAGCGACACCCACCAUGACUGCACCAGGCCUGGAGAUGGGACAGUAGAGUCCAGUAAACAUGAUAAAACAAGGGUCGCAUGGGGGGAGGCGUCACAUUGCCCCUGUUGUGGAAGUGAUUGUCACUUCCAGAUGAAAGCUGACAGUCGACUUUACAAGUGCACGCACCCUGCGUCCUGUAUAGCAGCCGGGAAUGUGUUUAAAAACACUUGUUGCCAUUACUGUGUUUUUAAAACAGCGCUGGGAUUAAAGUAGUUAAUAUGCUGUCUUCAUGCAUUUAGAUUGGACUGAUUGGAUUUUUCCAUCCUUUGUUUAGCCAUAUUACCCUUUCAUAACUAGGUCUAAGCUUUUAUUCGAUACAUUGUUUGUUAAAUAAAAUUACAUAAAAAUAGUUUUUUUUAAUCAUAAUUGUACAGUACAGGACAGGAGGUCAUAUGCAAGUAAUUGAACACUGGAAAAAGCUUUACUGAGAAAUGCCCCCAGUUCACCCUCAUAUAAUUCCACCUAUUCCGGGGGACUCUGGUUUUUUUUUUUUCUAAUGUCUUUAGGUGAUUGACAUUUCCUAUGGGUUGUUUUUUUUUUUUUUUUUAACCAUUCUUUUUUAUUUUACUUUACUACUUUGCCUGACACUUCUAUCAAACUCCAACUGCUUAUUGGCUUGGGGCUCACUAGUAAUUUUCCAGAUUGGUAACCUAGAUGUAAAAUCUUCAGAACUAUAUCUAGACUCCACAGCAGCACAGGCCAACCUGCAAUGUUUGCUUCAGACACUAGUUCCUGCGUUAGGAGCACACCUUGCCAUGCAGUGCAACGAGUGUAGUUAGCUGAAGGGUGCUAUACUGAUCCAGGGCUAUGUUCCAUUCCUAUGGCACCCAGACCCUGAAGACUUCUUUGGGGGUAUGCCCAUUGUGAUGUGACUUUUGGUCCCCACCGAGAACCUGCAGUGGGCAUAAAGUAUGACAGGGUUUCCUUGUAUACGUGACUGUGUCCUUUUUCACAUGUGGGUGUUCACUUUCUCCUUCUGUAAAGAUCUCUACUACAUUGGCAAUAGACAACAUUAUUACAACGUUUGUCUUUGUUUUGCCAGGUUUUGCCCACACAGCCUUGCUGCUUGUGUGGUAACAUAGUUGUGCUGUGCUUUCUGACUGAUGCACUUCCACUUGCCAGGUCAGACCAGGUCAAAUUCAUUACAAAAUUUGGAGCACAAUGGAAAACCAUUAGAGAAGUUAUGAACACUGGCCUAUUCUUACUUCAAACUCUCAACUUGCAAAGAUAGUGGGACGUCCACUCAGAGUCCUCUAGAGCUUCACCAAAGGACCAGAAAUCUAAAAUAACAGGAAUGUACGCCUGUGGGAACUGUAGCAUCUACCCCUUUGUCGAAAAGACUUAAGCCUCAUACACACGAUCAGAUUUUCCAACGGGAAUUGUGUGAUGGCAGGCUUUUG